AUGGCCAAAAACAUUAAUUUAUAUAGCAAAGCAGAAUAUUCAUAUAAUUCACCUCAUCAGAAUAAUUAUGUUGUAACAACAUCAAAUCGUAUAAAAAAUUAUCCUCCCACAAACAACACUGCAUACCAUCAUAAAAAGCAAGUUCAAACUUAUACAGUUCAAGGCCAUCCGAAUUAUCAUCAAAAUCAUAGUUCAUUGUACAGAUUAUAUGGUACAAAUUCAACUAGCAUACAAACUACUGCUCGGCCACAAUCUGUCCUAUCUACACAUCAACGACACCAAACGUACAAAGUAAAUCCAAUCUCCACUCUUACUUUAAAUCGUAUAUGUACAAAAUGUCGCCGAGAACCGGCAAUAACAACAUCACGUAUUAAAAUGAAAGAUAAUUAUUUCACAAAUUUAUGUGAAAACUGUAAUGAAGGGUUAAAUUACUAUAGAGAACGGCCGGUUGUCUCAGAUAAAGAUAAUGACAGAGUAUGGAAACCUUAA